AUAUUGAUAUUUUAUUCAUAAACAUCGAUGUUUGGCUAGAAAACAUCGAUGUGCCGAUGUUAUCGAACUUAAAACAUCGAUGACAAAACAUCGAUGAAUAUCGAUCAUCCCUAUUUUGAAUUUAUUUUAUUUUGUGAUAAUUGCGAUUUUGUAUUUUUUAAAUGCGUUUUUAGCUAAAGAUUGUCUUUUUAACUUUUUUUUUUAAAUAAUGGAUAAUUGUAUAGAAAACAAUAAAAGAAUUUGUUGGAAACGGAAGCGACCAAAUCCCUUUUUUCAAGAAAGUUUGGAAAGACUUUAUGAAGAUGCCAAGAAUACGAAAAGUAGAUUAGAACCAAUGUUAAAGGAAGCUUUAGAUUCGUUAUCUAAAUACCCUUUACCACUCAAGUCCGGAGCAGAGUGCUUUAUUCUCAAAGGGUUCAAUAAGAAAUUAUGUGUGUUUCUGGAUAAAUGUUUAGAACAUCAAAAUGGGAAUAAUAAUAUGGAACAAGCACCAAUUUCUGAAUCAUACGCAACUGAACUUUCAGGUGCACAAACAAGCUCGAAUGAAAAUACACAUACUGAUCUAAAAAGCAGUUCUUCAGCUAAAGACAGAAACUCUGGCAAUAGUAUAGAUCAAACUGAUGGAAGUAAAAAUGUUCAUUCUGUUUGUUCACCAUCAAAAUCAAACACAAACUCACAACAAUCUGUAACAUCAUUAAAACAAACUAAAAGCAAAACAUAUAAACCUGCACAUAGAUCAGGCGGUUAUGCUAUUCUAGUGGCUUUACUAGAGAACAUGCAGGAAAACCCUUGUAAAGUGGCACUUUCCAAAGAUGAACUAAUAAAAAAAGCACAGAAACAUUGCGAAGAGUCCUUUAUAAGACCUAAACCAGAGUCUUUUUAUACAGCUUGGUCAAAUAUGAGUAGAUUAAUAACGAAGGGUCUUGUUAUAAAAAGCAAGAAGAAAAAGACAGAGUAUGCAUUAACAGAGCUAGGAGUGUCAAUAGCAACCAAGCUUUUGCAAGAAUCUGCCAAUAUACCAACAAUGAAUGAAAUCAUAUUUCACAGUGACUCUUUUACUCCUAGUUUGUCAAACACAACCGAGCUUGAUAAACAGUCAAGUGGUUCACAAACAAGUGGAACUUUCUCUAACAGCGAUAUUCCCACUGCUGUCAUCCAAAUGCCUGCUGGAUCAUUUGAUAUUGUACUACUCAUAGACAAGAAUGAAACUAGUGGCACUUCAAAGAAAAAUGAUCCCACAGUAGCACAGUUUAAUAAAUAUCCAGACAUGGCACAUGAGUAUAGAAGCCUGAAAGUUGGAGAUUUUACUUGGAUUGCAAGACAUAAAGUUAAUAAAGAACAAGAGCUAGUGUUGCCUUUCAUAGUUGAAAGAAAAAGAAUGGAUGAUUUAGGUCAUAGCAUUAAAGAUGGAAGAUUUCAUGAACAGAAGUUUAGAUUAAGGAAAUGUGGUUUGAAGAAUGUUAUUUAUAUGGUAGAAAAUUAUGGUAGUAAUAGUCAUUGUGGAUUGCCGAUCCAGUCUUUGAUGCAAUCUUUAGCCAACACAAGAAUACAGGACGGCUUCAAAGUUCACAUGACUGAUAACUUAAGUCAUUCUGCUAGAUUUUUAGCUAUGAUGACUAAAAGACUUAUUUUAGAAUAUAAGGUAAAUAUUUUGCUCAAUUUCUUUCUCAAUUUAUUCUAGCACAGAUUGGAAUGAAAGCAAUUUUUUGCAAUGAAAUUGUACAAAGCAUAAUGAAGUUGAAUUUGAAUAAUUUUUCAGAAUCAAGAUUUACGGGGCUGUAACAGUGAACCAACAGAUGAGCAACUAAUGACUUUUGAUUAUUUCAACAAAACGUCAUCAAAGAGUAAACCCUUAUCUGUAUCAGAGACUUUUAUAAAAAUGCUUCUGCAAAUAAAAGGUGUUUCUGUUGAAAAAGCAUUAGCUGUCACAAAUGUGUAUAAAACACCCGUAGCUUUGUUAAAAGCGUUUGAAGAUUGUACCGAUAAGAAAAAUGGAGAGAUGUUAUUAGCUAAUAUAAAAUAUGGUAGCACAAAACGAAAUAUUGGUCCUUGUAUUAGUAAAACAUUGUAUCAUUUAUUUUCUAUUCAGUAAACCAAUUAAAUAAGUUGUGACCAAAUUAUAAUAAUAUAA